GGAUCAAUCUGGGAAGACUGUGAAAUCUGCUUGCUCUUUCCUUCGCCGUUGCUGAUGUUCACCAGGCUAACCGGAGUCCCAUGGCAUGCGAGUCGUGCUCGGUAGUCAAAACAUGCAAACGCCCACAUAAUGUGGCUACCUAUGCUGAACGCUGCCUCGCUAAUUGGUCGACGAUCUCUCGCAUAUGGCCGGCCUACAGCAAGUUCCUCUUCCAUGCUGUAGUCAUGCAUAACCAUUAGCACCCUUGUCGAGUUCAAGCCAACAAACUGCAGUCUGGCUGUAUACUUCAUAGCUAGAACGUCUUAGUGGCUUGCAAAUAAGCAGACACCGCGAAAUUUUGAAGGAUUUUCUCUCCCAUUCUCAGCUGAUCUUUCUGCCACGAGCAACCCUAACUACCGAAUACUCCCGACUGACCGAUCUACAUUCCUUCCUACAGGUCUUAGGUAUCCAGAUACUGGUUUUUCACGGAUGGAGUUGUAAAGGCAAGGAGAAGAUCGAAUGGUCUCACGUCCAGUGGUCGAGCGUGAUGAAAAUUUUUCUAAAAAGACCGAGACCUAUCCGAGGCAUAUAUUUCACGACCUCUCCGUAUCUUUAGAGAUCCUAGCUUUAACACUGUGUGCUGUGGACUGAUUAUCCUGCAAGAUGAAGGCACUUUUCUUCUUUGUAACGUCCACUCUCCUUCUCAAGCCCACGUGUGCUAAGGGCCAGGACACAUACUGUCUCGAUGGCAUCCGGACAGCUCUGCAGCAGUUCACACUGGGUAACCCUUUACUCACUUACUAUGAGAAUUUGUGCCAGAACAAUCUCAGCGUUGUGUCUAUGUGGGCAGCUGCAAAGACCUAUUGCACUCCAAAACAGAUCAAAGCUGGAUCCGACCUCUUGUCAGGGUACUGUAUUAAAUAUGGAGAGACUACGCUCAUCCCUUAUUCGGAAGUCCUUCCUAUCCUUACCGAUGAUUUCAUCGCCUCCCUUCCACAGGUAGACUUGGACGACAAAGAUCCAACAAAGAUAUGGAAUACCUCCCUCAUGUUAACGAAACACCUUUAUAAUCUUGGAUAUAGGACUACGUUCGAGUUUGACCAUCAAUAUGUCCUACACAAACGUUAUGGUUGGGCAGUCUACGGAUUCUGGGGGGGUCUCUUGGUCAUUGGUAUGGCCAGUCGACUCGUAUCUCACCUCUACAACUCUCGCCGCAGUACAAUAAUCGCCGAUAUCGAAGAACUUGAAGACUCUCCGUCGCCAAGUACUAGGUCUUCCCUUCUUUUGGCACCGAUUAAAGCUACUAAUCACUGGUUACGUGCACAUCUGAUUAUUCCCGCCGCUUUUGGAACCUACCAUCAACGCCUAUACUGGGGGUGUUCCAUUCCAACCCGGAUGGAAACCAUUCUCAUUUCUCUCUUUUGGAUACUCAACUUCGUUCUAUGCGCCAUCUCGUAUAAUGUGUUUGAGGGUAACCUAUACUAUUCUAAGGCCAUUCAACACUGGCGGUAUAUCUCAGACAGAACAGGCAUCAUUAGCUACGCUAAUCUACCUCUUCUCUGGAUGUUCUCGGGAAGGAAUAACAUCUUCCUCUGGUUGACCGGCUGGAGCUUCUCGUCCUUUAACAUCUUCCACAGACAUAUCGCGCGAAUUGCAACAAUUCAAGCGAUUGUGCACUCUAUCGGGUGGAGCGCUAUUCAAAUAAAUUCUGGGUCUUUCGCACUCUCCUGGAAGCAGAGAUAUUGGUAUAUGGGAGGAAUGGCCACGAUCACCAUGAGCCUCCUCCUUGGGUUCUCGUCUAUUUAUCUCCGUGUCCAUCACUAUGAGAUUUUCCUAGUGAUUCAUAUUGUCCUCUCCGUCAUCACCCUAGUCGGGCUUUUCUAUCACACGUUUGUUUUCACCACCCACGAGUAUGACCCCUACUUGUGGCCUUGCGUUGCCAUCUGGGUUUUCGAUCGAGUUGCUCGACUGGUCCGUUUGGGGUACUGCAACUUCCGAGUUGGCCGCUCAGGCGGGCCCGUGUUCUCGACUGCGACAGCAACCUAUAAUAAAGCCGCCGACCUAAUCCGAGUAGAAGUCUUCCCAAGUUCUCAGCUGCUCCGCCCAGGUGCUGGUCAACAUUAUUACAUUUAUCAAUUUAACAGGUUGAGGUUCUGGGAAAACCAUCCUUUCACACUCGCAGCGUCAUAUCCAAGCACACAGCACACUGUCGACCAUAAUGCAAUCUCUUCAACCCCUACUGAUACUAGCAGUGAGGUCGUUGUACUUACAGAGAAAGAGAGGCGAGAAGUCACAACAAUUGGUUUAAAUGAGAACAGAGGCUCUUACUCGCCAUCUCCAGGUUCAACUUCAUCAUCGGAUGGUCCGGCAAAAAACGUUGCUCUGGCGACCCCUCUCGGACGCGAGAAAUUAGUUUUCUUCAUCCGUCCCUUCAACAGCUGGACCAAGCGACUUCGAGACGAGUGUACUCGUGCAGGGCCGUUAGGCUUUGUAAAACCCAGUCUCCGUGUUGAAGGUCCAUAUGGUCAUCGAAGCCAGCUUCAUGCUUUUGAAAACGUCAUCUUCAUUGCCGGUGGCACCGGCAUUGCAGGUGCCAUUCCCUAUCUACAAGAUUACCUGAAAGCGCUUUCAGUCUCCACUGAUCAGGCGUCGUGUGAAAAGGGCACGCGGACACGCAACAUCACCGUGGUCUGGGCAACGAAGCAAUCGGCCAUGAUUCGUGACAUUGCAAGUCACGAACUGCGACCCUUCCUGAACCGAGACGAUAUGCACUUCAGUUUCCACGCUACGCGGGAGAAAAGGGCAAACACUCCACCCAAAGAACCUCAGCUAGAUGAACAUUUGAUCUUGAGUCGAGAUUUGGAGAUUUCGACCACUCGACCUGACAUCAAGACGGUUGUUACGAGUAUUGUCGACGAGGUUAACGCUGCAGGAUCUCGAGGUGGUAGAAUCGCAGUGCUUACUUGUGGACCGGGGGCAAUGGCAGAUGAGGCUCGUGACGCGGUUCACCUGGCUCUCAGAAAGGGCAAGAGAGGGCUAGAGUAUUUUGAAGAAGCUUUCGGGUGGUAGAGGAAAUGCCAGGUUUCUUUUAAGGAAACCACUCGUAGGAGUACAAGAGUUUGUAGGGUCACAGUGGACAAUGAGGAGUGACCGAUCCCUCGAGGCAUUAGACUUUUAAAGUCGAACAAGUGUGCAUUCAUCGAAUAGAAUUUCAUACAAAUGCACUUUCUCUGUCGUGAAACAAAGAAAUCAUGGAUAGCACCUGAUAGACUUUAUAUACUAGGAGAAAGCGUGACCAAGACAACGCUGAGGAAAG